CCUUUAAAAGAAUAUCGCUUCUCUGUUGUCAUAAAGUGCAGUACAGGUAUUAUCUGUUGUUCAACACAAAGGAUAGCAAGGCUGCAGUGGCUAAUCUACAUGUUCGUUUUGUACUGUAAUGAAACUUUUGUCUUGAUCUUCAGAAAAGCUUUGGACAAGUAUUACUACGACAUCAAACGCAGUGAUGGGAGCCCAUUUGGCCAACAGCUGACGACGUAUGAGCGGCUUCUGGAUUGGAGCCCUGCCGCUGACACUGCACUCCACACAGAGACACAGUUUUACAGCACAGUUUGGCACUGACAGAUCCUCCAGUGCUCCUUUCCCCGGCUGACUCCCACAGAGCCAUGUCUCAGGCCCAGGGGGGAGGGGAUAGGGGCAAGGACAGGGAGCGGGGCGCCCGUCCCAAGGUUCGGCAGAGCCGCUCCGAGGAGAGGAGGGAAGCGGGUGGAGGGCGCAAGGGCGGCAGGGGGAAGAAGAAAGGGCGGGUGUCCAACGAUCACGUGCUGGAGCGGCCGGUGAGCGACGGGUUCGAGUACGGGGAGCUGCUGAGCGGCCGUGAGUCCCGGAACCGGGGGUCCUGCUCGGCGCUGGGGGAACCGGCGAGGCGGCAGUGCUCAGCCACGUUUGGCUCCCUGGAGCCGGGGCCCGGCAGGCUGGCUGCGGGGGCCCAGGGGGGCGAGGCGGAGGCGGGGGCGGGGGGCAAGGCGGCGGGCAGUAGUCGCUCGCUGCGGCAGAAGAUCCAGGACGCGGUGGGGCAGUGCUUCCCCAUCAAGACCCACAGCGCUCCUCAGGUGCAGGCCCUCUCCAGCUCUGCCUCCCGCCGCAAGAUCCACCUGAGCGAGCUCAUGCUGGAGGACUGCCCCUUCCCAGCGGGCUCGGAGCUGGCGCAGAAGUGGUACCUCAUCAAGCAGCACACGGUGCCCAUCUCGCAGCCGGCCCUGUUGGACACGCUGGGCGGGGCGCCGCCCGCCCCCGCCCUCGGCUCCCCGCUGACCGCCCUGGUGGAGGACGAGGACGACCGGCUGCGCGAGCGUCGGCGAAUCAGCAUUGAGCAGGGCGUGGAGCCGCCGCCCAACGCCCAGAUCCACACGUUCGAGGUGACGGCGCAGAUCAACCCGCUGUACAAGCUGGGGCCCAAGCUGGCGCACGGCAUGAACGAGCUGGCGGGCGACGACCGGGCCACCCUCCUGCAGCAGCAGCAGCAGCACCAGCUCCUCCUGCAGAGCUGUCUCGACACCCUGGACGAGGUGGUGGCCUCUUCCCAGGCUCCGCCCCCCUCCUCCUCCUCCUCUUCCUCGGUUCCCGAGCCAGACGUGGGUGCGGCUGGGCCCGUCCGCCCCCUGGCCAUGGCUGCCGCCGCCGCCGCCGCCGCCCCCCUCCCCGAGUGCCCCAAGCCCCAGGACGGCUUCCGCGUGCACACGCAGAUCGACUACAUCCACUGCCUGGUGCCGGACCUGCUGCAGAUCACCAACCUGCCGUGCUACUGGGGCGUGAUGGACCGCUACGAGGCGGAGACCCUGCUGGAGGGCAAGCCCGAGGGCACCUUCCUGCUGCGCGACUCGGCGCAGGAGGACUACCUCUUCUCCGUCAGCUUCCGGCGCUACGGGCGCUCGCUGCACGCGCGCAUCGAGCAGUGGAACCACAACUUCAGCUUCGACGUGCACGACCCCAGCGUCUUCCACGCGCCCACCGUCACCGGCCUGCUGGAGCACUACAAGGACCCCAACUCCUGCAUGUUCUUCGAGCCGCUGCUGUCCCGGCCCAUCCACCGCACGCGGCCCUUCAGCCUGCAGCACGUCUGCCGAGCCGUCAUCAGCAGCCGCACCACCUACGACGGCAUCGACCAGCUGCCCAUCCCCAACGCCCUCAAGGAGCACCUCAAGGAGUACCACUACAAGCAGAAGGUGCGCGUGCGGAGGCUGGACACCUGGUGGGAGUAGAGAGCCCGCCCGUAACGCGCUCCUAUUGGCUCCCUCCUCCGGAUCCCGCCCCUUGCUCCGAGAUCCUCCGCUUCGUUUCAGUUUGGCAAGGCUGGGAUGCGUCUCGCUGCCGAACUAGGAACAGACGCUGACCGCGAACGUGUCUAGAUGAGUUUGGGUGGUCUGAACAGACAGUUUACCAUUUCUAAACAGAAGCUGAAUCAUAACUAUAUUUGGAGUCCUGGCAUAUGAUCUUGAUUAUUACACUAUUUAUGCCAUGCUAUGAGAUGAGUCCUUCCCCUUUAAUUUCCACUCCAGGCAAUGCAAAAAAAAAAAAAAAAAAAAGCCCCAGAUACAAAGUUUAGUGUUAAUUUUUCCAAUUUGAAAAUCCAUUAAUCGUAUAGCCUUUUGUGACUGUUUCAAUUCCAGAUGGGCAUGGUUUAAUAACAUGGCAAAGAAUGUUUUCAAAAAAAUGUUCUGGUUGUAAUGUGAUUUCAAUAAAAUUAAGUUGGAAUUUAUUGAGUAUAGUUUUAUUCAUAAUAGGGAGACCAGUUUAUCUAGGGUACGUGACCCAAAAUGAUUUCAACUUGCAUUACAGUACCAUCUAAAUCCUUGUGGGGUCUCUGUAGGCAUUGGAUUGUCACAAAUGUCAAUUACUGUCAAUUCCCUCCAGUGAUUGUCCCUCCAGAACAAUGCUUCUCUUCCUAUGGACAAGUUUACACUUAGCAAUGCCAAAGAAUGACAUUUGAGUUACUCUGAGAAUUUCAUUAUUUAUUAGCCUACACCACUGAAAACUACUCCAGUUAUAAUUUGUCUAACAUUUUUCUGUGCUUGUAAUAUAAUUACAUUUUUGUCUGCUUCCCACUGCUUAGGAAAAAAAAAGAAGUUACUGCUCAGCAUUGUAAAAGUGUGCCGCACGUCUGUGGUUCAGCACACUGAAAGCAGCACAUAACAUUGUGGAAAAAUGUGCUGUCAAUCAUUGUAUGUGCAGCAGUAACUCGGACUUUGUGAAGGGGGGUGGUGACCUUGAAAAUACACAACAGAAACGCUGAUCAAAUGACGUAGUCUAGAAUUGAAGGGGAGGCGAGGCACCAUGGUUUGUCAGGUGAAAACGCAGGAAGCUGAAUCAAAACUUUCCCACUUGUUCAUUUUUCGUGUUUUUGUUCUUGUUUGCUACAUUAGAAAAUGUGCACAAUGUUAAAAAAGCAGAGUCUGAUUGCUGAUGAAAAUGUAAUGAUUCUGUGAAUAAAAUUUUCCACUAGCCAUUA